AUUUAGGAGUGUGAUUAGUCGUUCACUUCAGCUGAGAGCCAGAUGUUUUGGUUAGUUGGUUCAAUCGCUGCUGAACAUCAUGAUCCGGUUCCUGGUGUGUUUCCUGUGCUUUCUUCUGACUGCCUCUGGAAAGUCCAUAAAGAUGGACGAGGAGAACCCAGAGUUCUGGAGAUCUCAGGCUCAGGCUACGCUAAACUCGGCUCUCAGGAGGAAACUCAAUGCUAAUGUGGCUAAAAACAUUGUUCUGUUUCUUGGAGAUGGAAUGGGCAUCACUACUAUCACAGCUGCUCGCAUACUGAAAGGCCAACUGGAGAAACGUCCAGGUGAGGAGACUGUCAUGACCAUGGACACAUUCCCUUAUGUCGGUCUCGCUAAGGUGUACACAGUAGAUUUUCAGAUCCCAGACAGCGCAGCAACAGGGACAGCAUAUCUGUGUGGAGUGAAGACAAAUCUGAAUGUUGUGGGUUUGAGUGCCUCUGCACGGAAUGGUGUGUGUCGCACACAGACAGGAAAUGAGGUCACAUCCAUCCUUAAAUGGGCUAAAGAUGCAGGAAAGUCAGUUGGCAUAGUAACAACGACCCGUGUACAACACGCCACUCCAGCGGCUUCUUACGCCCACAGUGCCAGCAGGAAGUGGUACAGUGACGCAGACAUGCCCGCAGCGGCCAAGAGAGAUGGCUGCACUGACAUUGCCUCCCAGCUCAUCUCCAACACCGACAUUGAUGUGAUUAUUGGUGGUGGCCGUAAGUACAUGACCCCUAAAGACACGGUGGACCCCGAGUACCCCACUGACCUGAAAUCAGCUGGCACAAGAGAGGAUGAACGCAACCUCAUAAAUGAGUGGAUCAGCCUGAAGGAGAGAAAGGUCGCUCACUAUGUGUGGAAUAAGACAGAGUUUGAUGCGGUGGACCCCAAGACUACAGACUACCUUAUGGCCCUGUUUGAACCCGGUGACCUGAGGUUCGAGGUGGAGAGAGACCCACUCACAGAUCCAUCUAUUACGGAGAUGACAGAGAAAGCCAUCCGCAUCCUACAGAAGAACCCAAGAGGAUUCUUUCUGCUGGUGGAGGGUGGACGUAUCGAUCAGGGACAUCACGCUAGUCGUGCCUCUAUGGCACUACAUGAGACUGUUGCCCUUGACAAUGCUGUUGCCCGGGCACUAGAGCUGACCAAUGAGGAAGAGACACUAACUGUUGUCACUGCUGACCACUCCCACUCGCUCUCGUUUAAUGGGUAUCCCUUCAGAGGAAACAGCAUUCUGGGUAAAUCUCCUGUUUUCGGGACUGACCUGCUCCCGUAUACCACUCUGAUGUACGGAAACGGCCCUGGACACAAAAUCAUCAACAACAAACGACCAGACAUUCGCAAAGUGGACACCAAGAGUAAGGACUACGUGCAGCUGGCUGCGGUUCCUCUCGAUACGGAGACUCAUGGUGGUGAGGAUGUGGCCGUGUUGGCUCGAGGACCCAUGGCUCAUCUCUUUCAGGGCAUUAAUGAGCAGAACUACAUUGCUCAUGCCAUGGCCUAUGCAGCCUGUGUGGGAACCAAUCAGAAUCACUGCUACACUGCAUGAAGCUCUGUCCCAUACAUGCCUUGAUUUAAUCAAUGUAUAAUAUAGUAUAAUAUAGUAUAAUCAGUUCCUCAUUCUGAUCCUUUAAUCAUAAUUGUAAUAAAAAUUAAUCCUUAACCAAAUAAAAAAAA